CGUACCCUUGAAUUUUUUUCACACGGGUUUUUAGCCCGGGACCGGGAACGGCGUACAAGACUUGGGCUACCACCCUUGGGUGAAACGACAGGUGACGGCGUGUUGUGUCGGGUGGGCUAUUGUGAAAGUAGGCCUAUGACUUCUAAGAAAAAGUCUAAGGACUAAACCGGAGCCACCCUAUGAUGUAAUGAAGCCAUGCUUUGUUUCGAUGUCGAUCCCAUAACAAUGAAAACAUGAUGCACAAAACUACUGAGAUGAAUUCUUGUUCGUAACUAAAUUCACAUGCAACAUGGAGGAGGUCCUGCAGACAUUUUACCAGUGUGGGAUUUGUCAGGAAUCUAUUACCUACCCAAAGAAGCUCAAAUGUCAACAUGUCUUCUGCCACGAAUGUCUGGUAGUCUACAUCACUCACUACUUUGGCAAAGCUUCGUUUCCGUGUCCGGUGUGUCACUAUAAGCAUUUGCCAGAGGAACAAAAAACAGUUAUUACCCAGGAUACAUUACUGAUACUGGAGGAGGAUUCUCUGAUGAGGGAUGUCCGUCUAUUUUUCAAAGAUGGCGAGAAACCGCAGCCAAUAUAUAAUGCAGAUGGAAUCAACAGAGUACCAUGCACCAUUCAUACUGACAGUCUGUGCGGUUACUUCUGUCCAGAUUGUAACCUGCUUGUGUGCACACAAUGUAAACGGGAGAUGCAUCCACACUGUCACCUGCGCCAAAUAGACAAGAGAAUGCGUAUGGAAGCAUAUAGCGACAUCCGAAAAGUUACUGCAGAUUUAACAGAUUUCCUGUCUGAAGCAGAAACUGUUCACACUGAUCUAAAUUCAAAAGUAGGGAACAUCUGUCACAACUCCCCAGAGCGUGUUGAAACAAUCAAGUUAUAUUAUUCAGAUCUGAAAGAAAAGGUUGUGAAAUAUCUGGAGGAGCAAGAACGGGAAGUACUAGAAAAAAAAAUGAAGCUGGAAGAGAAGGAGAAAGCACACUUGGAGAAUGACAUAGGUGUUUGCUCAAAGAUGGUGACCUCAGUAGAAUCGCGACAGCGACUUGCACAUGUUGUACAUGAAUGAAGUUCUACAAAUGCAGCGGAAAACCUGGUGAUAAUGAAUCACUUACGAAAAGAUUGUGAAGGUUUUAAAAAGAUGCUGUCACAACUACAAUCAGACGUCGACACCGACUACAAUGUAAGAUUCAUUAUCAACACAGAGUUGGAGGACAAACUAACCAACACAGAUAUCGUGAGAAUCGAAGUGAUCGACAGUUGUCAUAGUGAUGCAUCUGCUGUAACAUUUGAACAGGAAGGUUGGUUUGAUCAGCAGGCAUCUGGGUCUUCCCUAAUCGGACAACAUGCUCAGGAAGAACCGUCUCCUCCACCCGCUGAUGACGAACCACUACCAGCAUACGGAAAUGUAGUCCGUCAGUCCUUCAUACAAAGACGACGUCCUUUCAAAACAUCCAUUGUGAAACGCAAAGGAUCUGCAUCCAACCCACCAGUGCCGAUCUACAAUGAUCCACUCACGCCUUCUGCAAGUCCUAGGCCUUCUUACCACAACCCACAUUCUCCUAAUUACCCGACCAACUUUAACCAGCAAGCUUACCCCACGCUUUACAAGGUUCCCCCUUUACAACCAUCUGCACCUCCAGUGUCCAUGGCUGCUUUCUCUCAUCUACCUGAUUUCCAUUAUCCACGGCGUCCAUGCUCCAUGGCUCCUAUUCCCCGGGAUGCAACAACUAUUACCAUGUUGAAGUUUAAAUCAGAAAUGGAUACAAAAAUAAUGGGAGACAAUCAUGUUCCUUCCUUAGUAGGUAUAGCCAUGCUUGGAGAAUUCUUCGUCGUCGUCGACCAAACACACUGUUGUGUUAGGCGUGUGAUGUAUGAUUCUAUGAACAUUGUCGCUCAGUACCUGUUCGAUAAGAUGGUACCGUGGAAUGUCGCCGGUGUGACGGAAACAUUGUGUGUGGUGACGUGUCCGAAUGAAGGAAAGCUAGUCUUUGUAAAUUUCUCUAACACUCCAAGUGGCCCGCCAGCUACUCUACAAAGGACAAUGAAAAGUGGAAAGUAUUUGAGUAUCGGGUGUUGUAAAACUAGUGAAAGACUCAUUUGUGGAAGGGGGCCACCAUUCUCAGCAGCAAGGAUUGAUAUUUUAAACAUGCAAGGACAAGUUAUAGAAUACAUCAACCUGAAGAAAUCUUUUAUGGUUCCUAGAUGUUUGGCGAUAACAGAGUCGAAAUUCUUGGCAUUUUGUGAUAUACAUAACCAUGAAGCCAUGGUUUACGACAUUGAAAACACCAGAAACGCCCCUGAGGUUUUGCGAGGUCACAAGUUUCAUUCACUGAAGGAACCGCAAGGAAUCGCAAUACUUCCCCAGCUGAAAAGUUUGCUCAUACUAGAUGCUUCAUGUGGGGACGUAUAUAUAACAUCACAUUCAGGUGACAUGCGCAAAUGUUUGAGUGGGGAUAUCAGUUUGGAACGACAGGGUAACACAGAGAUAAAGUAUUCCAUCAGUAUAAGUAUGGACCAGAAGAUUCUGGCUGUAGCUCACAAAAAUGGGACAGUCAAGUUCUACGAAAUCAAAUACAUGUGACAGUGGACAACCUUGGAAGAGUGCUACAAGUAUAACAUCAACAUAUCCUGCAAUGGACAAAUUGCAAUGACUUCAUCUAGUAAAUAGUGAAUAGUCUUGAAAUAGUUUAAUGACGUAAAAUUAUGUACAGAUAGAGAAUUGGAAGUAGGUUUUACAACAUAAAUAGAUUAAAUACACAUAAACUGGGAAUUAUUCUACAGUACAUUUAACUUCCGUCAGUAAUUAUCGACCAAUAUCUAUUGUUCCAGUACUAUCUAAAUUAAUUGAAAAACAUGUACAGUCUACUCUUUACCAGUUCUUAAACACUUAUCAUUUGCUCAUUGAAAACCAGUCUGGAUUUCGAAAUUUGCACUCAUGUCAGACUGCCCUUAUACUGCACUAACAAAUAAUUGGUAUAAUGAGCUGGACAAGGGAAACCUUAUUGGUGUGAUGUACACAUGUAUAUUGAUUUCCGUAACGCUUUUGACCUCGUAGACCAUAAAAUUCUACUGCAAAAAAUGAAAAUUUAUGGAUGUUCCAAAGAUGCUAUAAUAUAAUACCUCUUACCUAUUAAAUAUGUUUCAAAAGGUAUUUUUUAAAAAUUCACUAAGUAAUUGUUGUGAAAUUACAACCGGUGUCCCUCAGGGUUCAAUAUUCGGGCCAUUGAUGUUUUUAAUUUAUGUCAAUGAUUUGCCACUUUGCUCUAAACAUUGUCAGUUGUAUGUAUGCAGAUGAUACUACCAUGUAGAAAGCACACAAAAACAUAAAUGUCACUGAAUCGGACCUACAGAACGAUUUUAUACAGGUGCAAAACUGGUGUGCUAUAUGAAUAAAAUGGUCAUAAAUACCGAGAAAACCAAAGUUACGUUAAUUGGAGGUAAGCAGAAGAAACAAAGGCUUACAAAAGGUCUUUCUAUUGUAGCUGAUAACUCAAACCUACAGAAUGUUAAGCAUGAAAAGCUGCCUUGAGUAUGCAUUGAUGACACCCUAACUUGGGAUAAACAUGUACAAGAUGUGCUUAAGAAAAUAAAUUUUAUAAAUUUAUCAAUUAUGUAGGAUUAAAAAAAUCCUUCCAGUGUCAGCCAGAAUCACAUUUUACAAUUGUUUUAUUCUACCAUACAUUGAUUUUUGUUCAAAAAUUUGGGGAUAUUGCUCUAAAAAAUUAGUAAGUAAACUUGAAAGAAUUGAAAAAGUACCCUUCGAAUCAUCUUAAAUGUGGCUUAUAGUGUUCCCAGUGCACACGUAUUUGUCAAACUCAAAUGGUUGCCUUUUACCCAAAGAAUAGAAUAUAAUGAAUGCAUGUGUUUUAAUGUUUAAAGUGCUAAACAAAUUGUGUCCAAACUAUCUAAAUUGCAACACUAGUAAGCAGUGUUCACUCCAUUCAAACCAUAUCAGCUGCAAUAAGCAGAUAAAACACAAAACAGAAAAAAAUAAAAAUUCUUUUUAGAUACAAUGGUCCCACCCUUUGGAACAGCCUGCCAGUAUCUGUCGCUGAAAGUCGGACACUGAAUAUUUAAACAAUACAUACAAACAGAAAUGUGAUGGGAAUAGAUAAUUAUAUAUCUCCUAAGGUUUUAUGCUGUUUUCCUGUGCCUAUGUCAAAUGUGUAAUAAUUUUAGGUUUACAAUUAUACUUUUAAAAAUUAUUUUUAUGAUCUGCAAUAUCUUGUUUUAGUCUUAGCUCAUGCUAUAUGAGCAUAUAUAUUUGGUCAGUUUCUACAAUUUGCCAGAUUGGUAUAUAUGUAUAUUAGACACAAUAUGUGCCCCUCAGUUUCUAAAAUGCAUUUUGAGAACUUAUGCUUUGCAUGACAUUUGAUCUGCUCACUAGUUGUAUAAUUACACAUGUGACAUAUUCUUGACUUUCCAAACCUGUGACACCUUAAUCCUACCUGUGAUAUGCUACUUAUUUAUUUAUUUUCUUAACCUAAUGUAUUUUAUGUGUGCAUGUAUGCUAUGUAUCUAUUUUUUACUCAUGUUGUAAAAUUGUAUAUUUUAUGUCGACCACAUGUGAGAUGAGUCCCGUCCUUGACUCAAUGUGUUAUCAUAUUUAAUUAAAAUCUAUUAUUUAUUAUUAUUAUUUAUUAUUAAUGGUGGACCACACUGGGAAGGUUCCUCAUGUAACAGAUGCAAACGUGUAACAAUGUAGCAAGGAAAUAUAUUGCAAUACAAAAUGAAUAUGACUAUGGACAACCAAGGACAACGGUAUACAACAUCUUAAUGGACAUUAUGGGGAUCUUUGAACUUGGUGUCAUCUCACCGUAGACAACUCCAUUGAGCUUCUGUAAUUUCAGAUGAUGUAAUAUCGUGCUACGUGAAGACGGUCCUUCGACACCAAAUACGUAAAAAUGCAUACCGAGAGUGUUCUUUGAUACCCGUUAUCUGAAAAAGGACAACCUUGGAAGUUCUCUACAACAUAAAUAUGUACAAACGGUGGAUAGUAUAAGGAAGGUUCUGGGAAAUGAAAUAUAUGAAUUUAUAUACAACAUGGGGAGCACUCCUCUAUGGUAGCGGGGAUCAUAACUUAACUUGAUUCUGAUGACCAAGGGGACUUCUGUUUACCGGAGAAUGUUGGCCUAGGUGGUUUACUGAUAUCUGCUAUUAGGUAUAGGUGCAGUUAAUAAAAUUUGGUUAAUGUCUUGCAUGGGUCAAG